CCGGCUGCGCGUUGCCAAGGCAACGCGGCCUCGGCGGGCCCCGCGCUGUGUGUGCGGCCUGGCCGCGGGCGGGGCGGCGGGGGGGAGCCCUGAGGCUUGUUGUGACAGGAUUAAUUAAUAACCGAACCAUUCCGUCUUAAUUUUAAGCAGUGGGGCGGGUCGGGCGGCCGAGAUGUCGACCCCGCCGUUGGCCGGGGCAGCGAUGCCCCCCGGGGCCUUCUCCGGGGCGCAGGCCCAGGCCCAGGCGGCGCGGGAGGUGAACACGGCGUCGCUGUGCCGCAUCGGGCAGGAGACGGUGCAGGACAUCGUGUUCCGAACCAUGGAGAUCUUCCAGCUCCUCAGGAACAUGCAGUUACCAAAUGGUGUUACUUAUCACACUGGAACAUAUCAAGACAGAUUGGGAAAGCUGCAGGAACACCUCCGCCAGCUAUCCAUCCUCUUCAGGAAACUGAGACUAGUCUAUGACAAAUGUAAUGAAAACUGUGCUGGGCUCGAUCCCGUCCCCAUCGAACAACUUAUUCCAUAUGUUGAAGAAGAUGGCUCCAAGCACGAUGAUCGUGGUGCCGCUAGUCAACUUCGUUUUGCUAGUGAAGAGAGAAGGGAAAUCAUGGAGGUAAAUAAGAAACUGAAACAGAAGAAUCAGCAGCUGAAGCAGAUCAUGGAUCAGUUACGGAAUCUCAUUUGGGACAUAAAUGCCAUGUUGGCAAUGCGGAACUGAACAAAGAGAACGGAACUUUGUAAUUGGAAAAGAUACAAAUUUGUUUGGAUAUGCUUAAUUUUACUUUACGAUUUUUUUCCUACAACCAUAUUGAAGCAAUACGGUUGAAACAUCUUCAACAUUAAAAUAUUUUUUCUGUGAUAAA